UGGAGCCCACUCCAUUGUAACUUCAACCUCUUCCUAAACUUCUGGUUUCACUGUGUGUCCCUAUCGCUCUUACUAACUGUCGCUCAGACCCGUUGCCUCUUUCUUUCCAGUUCAGUUUCGGGUGAUAUCGUUAGAUUCCCAGUUCCGGCCGGUGAACGAGGAGUAUUCUACAGUGAAUAUAAUUGGUCCAUCUGGUACUCCCCUGGCUGAGUGGCACAACCUGACAGCAGAACAUGGAGUGGUGCCCUUGGACUUCCCACUGCCAAAUGAUGCUCCUUUAGGGUCGUACAAUAUCUUAGUGAGGAAACCAAAGCAUCAUGUGACUGUCAAUCAAUUUAAAGUUAAAGAGUACGAGUUGCCCAGAUUCCAGCUGACUGUGGACGUUCCCAAGGAAAUAUUUAUAAAGAACAACAUGUCGGUCAGUGUCAGUGCCGGAGACCCCAAUGGGCAGGGGGUCCCAGGGCGGCUCAGCGGCAGCCUUUGCACCAAAUUCGGACUUGUCCAUCCAGGAGACAAUGAUGUUUGUAUCAAUAUCACAGGAGAAACGGAUUCCAGUGGGACGUUUAGCAAAGUACUUAACCUGAACGAACUCCCAUUGGAUUUGAUAGGACAUUAUGUGGAUCAGAAACUCAACAUCACUGUGAAAGAGGAGGCCACAGAAACUUUAGCUCAUUCUCCUAAAGUUACAUUUGACCCUGAAGUUCUGCCGUCGUUGAAGCCGGGGAUUCCUUACGUUGUUGGAAUGACGUUGCGGGACCGUGAGUUGAAGCCCAUGAAGAACGAAGUGAUUGAGCUGCAAAUUGAUUAUAACAACGUCCACAAUCUGACCACCGACGCAGAAGGCAAAGCUCAGUAUGAAAUCGACAUGGCCACAUAUGAACGUCCUUAUCUUUUCAUCACAGCAAAUUAUAAGGAUCCAGGAGAGGAAUCCAGGCCGGAAUGGUUAGAUGAUCCCCUUGAUUAUAUUAUGGCGGAGCGGUUCUACUCUCUCACGGGAAGCUAUAUUCAGGUGGAUUAUCCCCAAAAGGAGCUGAGCUGCGGGAAAACCUAUGACAUCCCAGUGCGUUACUUGCUCAGCCCUGAGGGACUGGGAGGCGGAAUCAGAAACAUCUCUUUUUACUUCCUGAUGGUGUCACGAGGCAAGAUUGUGAGCUCUGGGGAACACUCGGUGGAUGUCAGUGACAAGCUGCCCUGCCUUAGGGCAACGGAACAAGACAAGAAUAUGGAUGUGAACAUAACUCGGUGUGGCAACUUCUCCCUCAGUCUGACUAUGCCUUCCCAGUAUAGCCCCAGAAUCAAUAUUGUGGUAUACAGCAUGCUGCAGGCAGAGGUUAUAACCGGCAUUGCUCAUCUUAACAUGGAGAAGUGCUUGAAACACCAGGUUUCCCUGAGCUUCUCGGCAUCUGAAGGGGCUCCUGGAUCUGAUGUCUACCUGAUGCUAAAAGCCGACCCCGGAUCCCUGUGUGGCCUCCAGAUCAUUGACUCCAGCAUUCUUCUACAUAAUAAUAAGGGGCAAAUCACAGCUGAGGAGUUGGAAUAUGCUCUGUAUAAUCAGGAAAUUGGGUUUAUGCAGAACCAUCUUGUUCCAGAGGAGCCGGAAACACCAUGCAUUGAAGUCAAUGGAUCUGAUUCUGUGUUAUUUUAUAGGGAAGGAUCUGCUUAUUUUGACUUCCAAAACGCUGGCUUAAUUUUUGCUACAAACACAUCCCUGCAGAGACCUUGGAUAUGUGGCGACCUAAGAAGGUCCAGAGGGUAUUUCUUUAGGCAGAGGAUGAUGCUCCAUAACACAAAAUAUAAGAAACAUCAUUACAAUACAUUUGAGGAGCAAUUCCCAAAAGUCACAAAACUGAAAUAUGCUUUCCCUGAAAUCUGGAGUUUCGAUGUGGUCAUGGUUGGUGAGAGCGGCUCAGCAUCUGUAACCCUGCGAGUCCCGGACACCAGCAGCCAAUGGCAAGCUUCCAUGUUCUGUCUUUCAGAGGAGAGUGGACUUGGGAUGACCAAUUAUCCAUCCAACUUCACCUCCACCCUGUAGUAUGCUGAACAACAUGAUUGCUGAAGGGCUUUAUUGAAAAGCCAGAGUUGGGAACCGGGGUUGUUUAUUGAAGUAUAAACAACCCCAUUUAAUAUUAGUGUGGGGGGGUUACUAUAACCUUGGUUAAUUUGCUUGUGUUGGUUAAAUGAAGUUAGGAAUGCUAGAGGCUAUUAAAUCCUUGAACAAAGCUGCAAGCCGUACUGCCCUCGGGGCACAAACAUGGAGCUGGUCAUAUUCCCAUGUUCCCCUGUAUUUCUGCCUUUGGAAUUCUGGGAAUCGUUCUGCCCAUAAGGUGUUAUUCUUUCAUUUCAUGCCUUCUUACCUAGACAUUGGGCAUUCCCUGGGGUCCAGAUCUCUACUGCUGCCGUCAAUGUGUAGCCACCAAUAAAAGCUGAGUAUAAACUGAU